AUGAACGUGAAUCAUCAAGUUACCCACUCCUCUCCUCAUUCAUUGCUAUUGCUUGUUCCUAAUACAUGCCGGCCUGCCUUCCCGCUCCUCCCUCACAUGACUGCUUCCAUGCCUGAUUCCAUGCCUGCUUCCGUGCCUGCUUCCGUGCCUGCUUCCGUGCCUGCUUCCGUGCCUGCUUCCCCCCUGUCCAGCAAAGUGCCAGACUUCUCAGGCUCUCUGCCAGCGGCCAUUGGAGACCUCAUACAUCUCAACUACCUGUUCUGUGUGUCAGACAGGCUCACAGGGCCGCUUCCAAACUCUAUCUCCAAACUCACCAACCUGCAGUCGCUGGUGCUGGUGUCAACAGGCAUAUUGGGGAGCAUUCCUAAAGAAAUAGGCAGCAUGGUCAGCCUUGAAUACCUUAGCUUAUACGGCACAAACAUCGAGGGCGCCAUCCCCACCUCCAUUGGUGCCCUCAACGCCCUCCAGACUCUCAAUCUGGCAUACACAGGCCUGUCAGGGAGCAUACCUGAGGAGAUUGGCGGGUGUUCUGCCCUCAGAUUGCUGUCUCUGUCAGCCUCUCCUAUCUCUGGCUCGCUUCCCGCGUCCCUCAGCAAGCUAGUCAGCCUCACCCAGUUUGACUGCCAGAAGUGCGCUCUCUCAGGGAAAUUGCCUGGCACCAUGGCAGACCUCGGCACGCUGCAGUACAUCAACUUGAACAUGAAUCAGCUAAGCGGAGCGCUGUCAAGUUUUUUCAGUGGACUCGCCGGCCUGCAAACACUCAAGCUAUCCAACAAUGCGAUCAGCGGGUCUUUGCCACACGGCAUAAGCGGGCUCACUGCACUCACAUGGGUGGAGCUAUCGAGCAACGAGCUGAGUGGGUCGCUACCUGAAGGCAUCGGUGGGCUCUCCAACGUGAAGCAGCUUGCUCUGGACCACAACCAGCUAUCAGGCCCACUGCCCAGCACCAUCAGCGACCUUGUCCGACUCAGGGAACUCUAUCUAAGCUUCAACGAGUUCUUUGCGUCACUCCCCGCAGAAAUCAGUGGCCUCGCUGACCUGCAGAUACUAGCCAUGUCCAACUGUGAGCUGCUCGGCUCGCUGCCAUCGGAACUUGGUCUGCUCCCCAACCUAGGCUACCUGGAUCUGAGCUUCAACUCCCUCUCUGGCUCGCUGCCCGUAUAUCUAGCCAAGCUCACUGGACUCGAUACCUUAGACCUCUCCCACAACCAGCUCUCAGGGUCGCUUCCAGGAGAACUUCUCCCCACCAACCUCAGACGCCUGGACCUGUGCUGCACUGAAAUCUCAGGGACAAUCCCCAACACCAUAGGGGGGUUGCUGCAGCUGGAACAUCUGGAACUAAGCUCCAACCGCUUCAGUGGCUCUAUACCCACUGAAAUGACAGCGCUCAUUCAACUCACGCUCCUCAACCUGCGCAGCAACCAGCUAACAGGAGCCGUGCUGCAGCCCAUCCCCCACGGCAUGCAGCAGUACCAGCUCGACAACAACUACUUCUCCUCCGCCUUCCCCUUCCAGCCGCCCUGCCCCGCCGGCACCAUCAUAACCACGCGCAGCAACUGCGCAGUGGGCAAGGAUGGGACCCCCACGCCCACUUUCUCGUGCCCGGAGGGAUUAGAUGCGCAGCGGCGGGCGGAGGUGUGCCGGGCGUUCUGCGGGCUGACGAAUGAUAGCUUGCCGUGUGGCGGGCAUGGUGUUUGCUUCUUUGACGGGCCCAACCGCGUGCCCACGUGCGCGUGCGAUAAAGGGUUCACGAACGGCGGCGUGCCGGGGUCGUGCGUGCCUGAUGAUGGCUCUCUCCCGUUCAUCAACACCACAGACUCCUCCCCACCGACCGCGCUCUCUCUCAGCGGCUCCGCCUCCCUCCUCCCCGCCGCCUCCAUCCUCCUUUCCCCAGCCCAGCCCACCAACUGGGGUGCCGCCUUCCUCCCCCAGCCCAUCCGCCUCUUCUCCUUCGCACUCCUCUCCUCCUCCUCCUGUGGUCGCUCCCUCCCCUUCUCCACCUCCUUUGCCUUCACCAUCGCUGCUUCUGACCCGUCAUCUUCUUCUGCUAAUGCAUUCGCUUCUCUGGCGUUCAUUGUCUCUGCAACCGGUGCUGUUGCGGGAGGCACAAGUAGUGGGUCGUACCUGCCUGUGUCUGAGAAAAGCAUCGCGGUGGUGUUAACUGCUGCUCCUGCAAGUGCCAGCAAGCCAAACGGCACUGUUUCCAUCCAAGCCAAAAGCUCCAGCAGCAGCUUCACCUCCAUAGCCACAGCCACCGCCCCCACGCCUCUGAACGACGGCACUCCAAAGUACGCCUGGAUAGACUACACCCCUUCCUCCUCUUCCGCCGCUGCUUCCGCUGCCACUACUGCUGCUGCUGCUGGCACCCUGCGCCUCUUCCUCUCCUCCAGACCCUCCCCACGCCCGUCCAAGCCUGUGCUGUCAGCGCGUAUCUCUCUGUGCGCGCUGCUCAAGCCCACCGAGAGCGCCUCUUCUUUCUUCCUCGGCUUCGCUGCUGCCUCGGACAACCCCCCGCUGAAGCUCACACUGCUGCAGUGGAGCGUUGCUGCAGGCCUCCAGAGCACACCAGUUGAUGACUCAGCCUUCCCACUGGGCUUCACGCUCUCAGACGACUCCCUCUCCCCGCCCAACGUCAACCCCUUCUUCCGCUACGCCAGCGCCGGCGUGCUGCCCCUGCACCCCACAGGAAGCAGCAGCAGCAGCAGCAGCAGCAGUUCCGGCACGAGCGAUUCCCAAGAAGCAGAGCCGGAGCAAGCAUGGCUAGUCUCCCCGUGGUCCUCCUGGUUCCGUCCCGACCUGCGCUGGCCCGUGAGGCAGCAGGAGGCCUGCUGGGCGUACGCGGUGGUGGGAAGCAUAGAAGCUGCCUACAGCAUUCUGGCAAACCUCUCAGUGGCGCCGCAGCUGUCAGCGCUGCAGCUGCGCUCCUCCAUGCGCGCCGACUGCCAGGGCGGCUCGCCCUCCCAGGCCUUCUCCUUCCUCCUCAAAGCCGCCCGCUCCGGGAAGGGCGUGGGAGGGCUUGUGGAGGAGAAGGGACCUGUGGUGGCGGUGAGAGGAAAGGGAGAGGGGAAGGGGAAAUCGGCUGGGAGGAGGCUGCAGGGAGCAGGCAGAAGAGGGGAGGUGUGGGGUAUGGGGGGUAGUGACGGUAUGGUGCGUGCGAUGGGGGAGCAUGGACUUGAUGCAGCUGUGUCUGUAAGAGAGGAAGAUGCAGCAGGAACAGGGGCAGCAGCAGCAGCAGUUGCAGAGGGAACAGCAGUAGCAGCAACAGCAGCAGCAGCAGGAGGAGGAGAGGGGGCACGGAGGCAGCUGGCGGGAGGGGCGGGCAGUGGGCUGUGUGCGCCUGUGUUUGCAGUGCUGAGGAAGCUGCUUGGCAUCACGUGCAAGAGCGGUGUGCCUAUGGAGACAAGGAAGAAGGGGUUUCAGAUCAGUGGUUUUGAGCGCACGUCCUUCUACGGCUGGUUUGGGCUGCUGCUGGCCGUGCAGCGGCAGCCAGUGGUGGUGCACAUAGAGGCGUCUGCAGAGUCGUUCAAGCAGUAUGACGGGCUGUCCAAGUACCAGGACCCAGCGUGCUUCACGUACAACCUGAACCACGUGGUGCUGCUGGUGGGGUACCGCCUGGUGGGUCUCGAUGACACUGCUCCACACAUGGCGCCGCCCUUCUGGAUCAUUCGCAACUCGUGGGGGCCUGACUGGGGCGAUGGGGGCCACAUGCGCAUGGACAUCCAGGGGGGGGAUGGCGUGUGCGGCAUCAACUCGCUGCCGGGCCUCUACCCUGUCGUCAAGUCGCCGCACGACCCGUGCAGCAAGCAGGCGCGCAGGGGGGCACUGGGGCCGGUGCUGAACCCGUGCGGCAACUUCACAUGCCGCGUGCAGGGCGCCACCAACCGCUGCGACUGCACCGACCCCCGCUUCAUUGAGGCACUCAAUGGCGACGGCUCACGCACAUGCACCUAUGUGGACGUGUGCAGGGCAUCGUUCCGCAACCCGUGUGCGGUGGGCACGUGUGUGAAUGACGGGGCGGGGUCGUACUCGUGUGUGUGUCCACCGGGCUCCAGGCAGGGCACCACCGUCGAUGGCACCUUCUCCUGUGCUCCAGGUGACACAGAUGGCACCUACACGGUUCUCUCCCUCGGCCUCACCUGUGCCGCCAUCCACCCCGUCUGCGGCCUCACUCUACCGCAGUUCACCGCACAGAACCUGCAAGUGGAUUGCAAUGUGCCCUUACCUUUGAGCACGCACCUCAACGUCACACCGCCCAAUGGCCUCGCCCCGUGCUCUGUCUUUUACACCACCGACCAGGGCGACACGUGUGCAUCGCUGGCAGCCUACUUCCAGCUCAGCAAGAGCUGCAAUCCCACCGGCACCCCCUGUGUGGAAGCCCUGCUCGCACUCAACCCAGGUCUCAACUGCACCGCCCUGGACAGUGCGGGUGCUGCUGCUUCUGGUGCUGCUGGUGGUGGGGGGGGCGGGAAUGGGAAUGGGGAUGGGGGUGGGGGUGGGUUACAGCCGAACCAGGUGGUGUGUGUGGAGCGGCGGGGAGCGAGAGAGGGCGAGGGGCAGGUGAUACCGGUGUGCUCGCAGUACUAUCUGGUGCAGAGCGCUGAGACGUGCGAGUCCAUACGCAGUGUGCCCUCCCCGCCGCUCUCCCCGCUCGAGUUCUUCCGCCUCAACCCCGGCAUGCGCUGCUCGCGCCUCGUCCCCAGGACCUCUGCAGACAGCUUCACUGGGUUCGAGGUCCCGAUGCAGGGGUCCGCGUCUCGUCGUGCCCGCCAGCCUGCACUCUCGGCGUCCGCGCCGCUCUCCUUCCUCGCGCGUUUCUUCUCGCUCUUCCCCUCCUUCCGCCGCAACCCCGUGCGCCACUCGCUCAUCCUGCUCGGCGCGCUUCUCCUCCUCGCGCGCCACCUCGCGCACCGCACCUCCCCCCACGCGCGCAAGCUGCAGGCGCAUCUCUCCUUCAACCGCCAAACUUCCGCAACCACCGCUACCGCCGGCGGAACCGCUACCGCUUUCAGCGCUGUCGGCGGCGGUUUGAAUUCCGGAAGCUCCGCAGAUUCCGCAAAUGACGGGGACCCAGAAACUCGGAGGAAGCGCGGAAGCGCGGGGACCGAUGGUGCGGGGAACGGGGCUGGCGGCGGGGUGGGGGAAGCGGGGGGAGCGGGGGGCGCGGAGGGCGCGGGGGAGGUGCGGCUGUGGAAUGGCGUGAUGAUGCCGCGGUUGGGGUUCGGGACGGCGGGGCUGGGGGAGGAGACAGAGAAGGCUGUGGGGUGGGCGCUGGAGGCCGGGUACAGGCUGUUUGACUCGGCGCAAGCGCGUGAGUGGUACCGAGAGGACGCGGUGGGAGCAGCCAUUGCACGGCACAACGUGUCCCGCAACCAACUCUUCCUCGUCUCCAAGCUGCACCCGCGGCACCACGGGCACGCCAUCACGCGGGAGCGUUUCUCCGACUCGCUACGUGACCUCCGCGUGCCCUUCCUCGACCUCUUCCUCCUGCACUACCCCUUCUGCUUCCCCGCCAUCUGCGGGGACGCAGGGGCAGCGGCGGCGGCAGGUGCGGGGUGGCUGGACAGCUGGCGGGCGCUGGAGGAGUUGUAUCAAAGGGGAGCGGUGCGGGCGAUAGGCGUGAGCAACUUUGGGCGCGACGAGCUGCUGGAGCUUAUUGCACAGGCGGAGGUGAAACCACAUGUGCUGCAGAGGAACUCCGACCCGCUGCGAGCAGACAAAGACCUGCAAUCACUCUGUGCGCAGCAUGGCAUCGCGUACAUGGCCUACUCCUCCCUGGGCUCCCAGCACCUGAUCUUCUCCGACUCGCCCUCCCACAACCCUGUCCUGGACCACCCGGUCAUCACCGCCAUUGCUGCUCGCCGUGCCUGCUCGCCCGCACAGGUGGUGCUUAAGUGGGGGUUGCUGAAGGGGCAGGUGGUGAUCCCGAGUGUCAUAUCGCAGUAA